UCCAGUCAGUCGCCAAACGGGAGCGCUGCCGCACUACAGCCAGUCGCAGAAGAAUGGGAGAAGUUCCGAAAAUCACUGACCUGGAGAAGGUGAUUGAGCCCCACCUGCCGGCCGGAGCCACCCUGGACUCGUACACCAGUCGCUAUCUGACCAAGCCGGGAGAGAACUAUGGCAGCAUCAUGCUGGCCGUGCAGGCCAAGAUCCGGGACGUCAAUGGGGCCGUCAAGGAGCUGCCGCUCAUCGCCAAGCUUCCGCCUCUGACGAACGACCUCUACUGGCAGAUUUUCCAGCCGGAGCGCACCUGUGUGACUGAGAACGCCGUCUACAAGUUCCUCUCGCCGGAGCUGGACAAGCUGCAGCUGCAGGCAGGAGUCCUGCCCAAGAAGCUAUUCGACGGGUUUCCGCGCUACUACGGCUCCCGCAUCUCCCUCGACCCGCGGGCCGUCAAGGUGGACCGGGAUGCGGUGCUGGUGCAGGAGAACGCCACCACCCGAGGCUACCAGCCGGGAAACCGACACAAGGCAUACGACUUGGCCCACACCGUGCUCAUCCUGCACUACCUGGCCCGGUACCACGCCCUGCCCCUCGCCCUGCGCCUGAAGAAACCUCAGGUGUACGACGAGCUGGUGCGGCCCUACUUCCUGAAAUUCAACAUGAACAACAACAUAGCGCCCGAGGAGAAGGCGACAAUGGACAGCGAGAUCCUGAAGGACAUUCAAGUGGUGGCCACCGAGGAGAAAGACGUGGCACGCAUCAAGGAGCUGUUCAGUCUGUACGACGACUUUCAGGCCGACAAGGACGAGGAGGACGGGCCCUUCACCUCGCUCGUGCACGGGGAUCUCUGGAUCAACAACCUGAUGCUGAAAUACGACGAGGACGGCACUCCGAUCGGCGUGAAAAUCGUCGAUUUCCAGAUUGCGCAACACGGCUCCCUGGUGCACGACAUCAUCUUCCUGCUGUUCUCCAGUGUGGACGUGAAGGUCUUGGAGGAGAACUACUACUCCUUCCUCAGCAUCUACUACAAUGCCUUCAUCCAGAGCCUGAGGGACGUGGGUGUGGACACCAGUGGCUACAGUUACGAGGCGUUCCUGGCCGAGGUCCAACGUGUGGCACACAUUCAGCUGCCCCACGCCAUCUUCAUGAUGAAGGUUAUCCUGGCCGACAACAGCACCAUCCCCGACGACUUCAAGGACGUGGACUUCUCGGUUCUCUCCAAGAACACGGGCAUCAAGACCAUUCUCGCCCACUACGAGGCUAUUCUGCGGCUGGCGAAGAAGUUCAAAGUAUUCUACUAAUAUUUAACCCCCACGAUUCCCAAUUCUGAAUAAAACACGCCAGCCCACUUCACA